AUGGGCGUCCUCCACAUCGCCAACACGUGCUCGCACCUGCAGAACGCAAGCAAGGCCCGCCUCGGGCUGACGUCUGUGCCGAACAACAAGUACAACCUGCGGUUUGCCCUGGCACUGCACCGCGCCGGGUUUAUCGCGUCGGUGACGCGGGCUGGCCCCACGCCGCCGGCACCCGAGGAGCUGAUGACGGGCGCACACGUUGAUGAGCCGGUCACGUCGGCCACCGUGGCCACGCGGCGGCUCUGGCUCGGGCUCAAGUACUGGAACAACGAGCCGGUGAUGAGCCGGCUACGGGCGUACUCGACGCCAAAGCGCAUGGUGACGCUGCCGCUAGCGGACCUUGAGCGCGUGGCACGCGGGUUCCCGUCGGGGCCGAUCAAGGGCCUCAACCUGGGCGAGUGCCUCUUUGUGAGCACGGACCGGGGCGUGCUGGAGGUGCGCGAAGCGCUGGAAAAGAAGAUUGGCGGGCUCGUGCUCUGCAGCGUGGCAUGA